AUGGCUUGUGGCGCUUCUUCCAUGACCCUGGAGUCUUACGAGAAUGAGCAGGAGGCUUUCGCCUCUGCCACUGCCACUCCGGACGAGAACACCGGCCUCCUCCGUGAUCGGCGGCGGAGACAUUCAUUCCAUGCAUCCAGAAAACUAUCUUGCGACUACCAAGAUGCCGACGCUGUGUUUAUCAGAGUCGAGCUCUUCCUUGCCGAAUUGGAACGUCGCAUGCAGUGGAUUGAACAAUACCGGAAAUCCCACAUGGUGCAAGUCGAUGCCAGUUUGAAACGCGGAUAUGCCACACUCGAAGCCGUCAGGGAUCAGUGCUCCGUCACUUCGGGCGAGUUGAUGGGAAGCGGCAAGAAGCGGGCAAAGAUUCUAGUCGAAACCCUCGAGGACCGAUACAAUGAGGCCUUGGUGACCAAGGAAACCCUGGAACAAAAGGCUCAAGCUGGGGUGCGGUUGAUGGAGUCAUUUUUGACCGAACUCGAGAACCGAGCGCAUGCAGUUCGUGACCGUGGCAUCUACGGUGCCCUCGAUGACGGGUGGAAAGCCAUGGACUCAACGUUGGGCCAAGCCAAGGAAAUCGUCGAUGAGGGCAUGGAGCGUGCCCGCCGAACUCGCGACACUCUCCGAGAGACAGUCGAGGAUGCUAUUCGGCUAGCUCAGCAGAAUCGGUUGAUCAACUACGAUGACCUUCCUCAUCCAUGGCGCGUCAACCCACAUAUCAUCAAAGGCUACCGAUUCACUACCUCCAAGGUGGAGUGUGUUUCCUCUGUUUUCGCAUACUCCAACGAGAUGUUCAACAUUUGGUCCCAUGUGAUCGGCCUCGUGAUCGUCCUCGCCAUCGCCUUUUACUUCUACCCACUUCACACCAAUUUCCACCUGAGCAGUAAAUCUGACGUCGCUAUCGCUGCCGUCUUCUUCUUCGCUGCUUGCAAGUGCUUGGUCUGCAGUACCAUCUGGCACACCAUGAACAGUAUUGCCUCCCAGUCGCUGAUGGAACGGUUUGCUUGCGUGGACUACACUGGAAUUUCCAUGUUGGUUGCUGCGUCGAUCGUCACCACUGAAUACACGGCUUUCUACUGCGAACCACUCUCUCGGUGGACCUACAUUCUGCUGACCAUGUCACUUGGCAUCGGCGGCAUCAUUCUCCCGUGGCACCCCACAUUCAAUCGCCACGACAUGGCUUGGGCGCGCGUGGGCUUCUUCGUGACGCUCGCGCUGACCGGGUUUUCUCCCAUAGCCCAGCUUACAUACACCCGUGGCUUCGCAUGGACCAUGUAUUUCUACGCCCCAGUUGUGAAAAGCAUCACGGUCUACUUCGUUGGUGCCUGCAUUUACGCCUCCAAGGUCCCCGAACGAUGGAAGCCGGGUCUCUUUGACUACGUUGGUGGCAGCCACAACAUCUGGCACCUUGCUGUUCUGGGCGGAAUCCUCUUCCAUUACCAUGCCAUGCAGGACUUAUUCGCCGGCGCGUUCCUGCGGGCUCAGGGCGAGUGCCCGAACCUGACUACUUGA